AAAAUCUGUUUUGAGGAUUGCCACAGGAGACUUCGACGCACCGGCAGAAAAGGGAGAUCAACAACACUGCUCCCGCUGAAAAAGAACGUGUUUUUGUUGGUGCGCGAUGGACGAGGAGGAGCCACAUUCCGGCAGCGGCAGGCGGGCGAGGAGUGGACCGAUGGCGGCAGAGGAGGCAGCAACAGCACCAUGAAGAGAUGUGCGCCGGGAGGCGGGGCAGCCUCCUCCUUUACGCGCAAAAACUCCAACAACAACGAGCUCCUGCUCCUCCAGGACCACUGCUCGGAGUCCUUCAGCCUGCACUGGAAUGUUCCACCGGACGACGGCGGCGGCUGGGGCUCGGCCGCCGGCAUGAUGUGCAACAAGAACGGAGAUUGCCGAAGAGAGCCGACCAGCUCCGGGAGCCUCUCGUCCCUCAUAUCCAGGCAGGAGAAGCGCGCCGAUGGCGGGGUAGAAGCCGCGGAGGACGCGCACAUGGACGGCUCCGUGGUGUCGGCGGGGUCUCCGCCACACGGGGCCGAGGUCAGGAGCGCCUCGGCGGGCACGGAGAAGAAGGACUCCCGGGUGUCUUUCUCCAAAGGACACACCCCGGGUCAGCGGUCCAGGAGCUCCAAGGCGGAGGACGGCUCGCAGAUAGUCGCGGAUGAUGGCGACUCCAGUCGGAACCAAACUUACAUGCAGCGGCAGUUCACCGCCAUGCUGCAGCCCGGGGUCAACAAAUUCUCCCUGCGGAUGUUCGGCAGCCAGAAGGCGGUGGAGAAGGAGCAGGAACGGGUCAAGUCCGCGGGGAACUGGAUCAUCCAUCCGUACAGCGACUUCAGAUUCUACUGGGACUUUUCCAUGCUCAUGUUCAUGGUGGGCAACCUGAUCAUCAUCCCCGUGGGCAUCACCUUCUUCAAGGAGGAGACCACCACUCCGUGGAUCAUCUUCAACGUGGUGUCGGACACCUUUUUCCUCAUGGACCUGGUGCUCAACUUCAGGACCGGCAUCGUGUUCGAGGACAACACUGAGAUCAUCCUGGACCCCAAGAAGAUCAAGAAGAAGUACCUGCAGACCUGGUUCGUGGUGGACUUUGUGUCCUCCAUACCUGUGGAUUAUAUCUUCCUCAUCGUGGAGAAAGGCAUCGACUCGGAGAUGUACAAGACGGCCCGGGCGCUCCGCAUCGUGCGAUUCACUAAAAUCCUCAGCUUGCUGCGCCUGCUCCGGCUGUCCAGGCUUAUCCGCUACAUCCACCAGUGGGAGGAGAUCUUCCACAUGACCUAUGACCUGGCCAGCGCUGUGAUGCGAAUAUUCAACCUGAUCGGGAUGAUGCUACUGCUGUGUCACUGGGAUGGCUGUUUGCAGUUUUUGGUGCCAAUGCUGCAGGACUUCCCCUCGGACUGCUGGGUGUCCCUCAACAAGAUGGUGAACGACACCUGGAGUGAGCUCUACUCCUUCGCCCUCUUCAAGGCCAUGAGCCACAUGCUGUGCAUCGGCUAUGGACGACAAGCCCCUGAGAGCAUGUCUGACAUCUGGCUCACCAUGCUCAGUAUGAUCGUGGGGGCCACCUGCUACGCCAUGUUCAUCGGACACGCCACCGCGCUCAUUCAGUCUCUGGACUCGUCCAGGCGGCAGUACCAGGAGAAAUACAAACAAGUGGAGCAGUACAUGUCCUUCCACAAGCUGCCUGCAGACUUCCGCCAGAAGAUCCACGACUACUAUGAGCACAGAUACCAGGGCAAGAUGUUUGAUGAGGAGAGCAUCCUGGAGGAGCUUAAUGAGCCUCUGCGAGAGGAAAUUGUCAACUUCAACUGCCGCAAGCUGGUGGCGACCAUGCCGCUGUUCGCCAACGCCGACCCCAACUUUGUGACGGCCAUGCUGACCAAGCUGAGGUUUGAGGUCUUCCAGCCGAGCGACUACAUCGUGCGAGAGGGCACCAUUGGCAAGAAGAUGUACUUCAUCCAGCAUGGCGCGGUCACCGUGCUGACCAAAGGCAGCGUGGGCAUGAAGCUGAUUGACGGCUCCUACUUCGGAGGUAGAGGAUGGUUACAGCUGAUGACUGAUCGCCAUGUUGGUCCAACAACGUGUUGGCUUUUUCUCACCAUCUCUCCUGUGGUGUGGACAGAAAUCUGUCUGCUGACCCGAGGCCGACGGACGGCCAGCGUGCGGUCGGACACCUACUGCCGCCUGUACUCGCUCUCUGUGGACAAUUUCAAUGAGGUCCUGGAGGAGUAUCCCAUGAUGAGGCGGGCAUUCGAGACCGUCGCCAUCGACAGACUCGACAGGAUAGGUAAGAAGAACUCCAUCUUGAUACACAAAGUCCAACACGAUCUGAACUCGGGGGUGUUCAACAACCGCGAGAAUGAGAUGAUCCAGGAAAUCGUCAAAUACGAUCGAGAAAUGGUUCAGCAGGUGGAUGUACAGCAAUCUCAGCCACCGCUUUCCAUAACGCCUCCUCUCCAUGGCGGGGGUUUUACCCUGUCGGGAUCCUCUUUGCAGCCCCCAAAUUCUGCAAUUGCCACUCUGCAGCAAGCUGUAGCUAUGAACCUUUGUCCACCAGUGCAAGGGAAGUCUCCCAGGAUGGUGAGGCGAUUCCAGGUGAUGCAAAAUCUAUCGAGCCCAGCCUCGGCUUCUCCAUUGCAGUCUCAGCUCUUUAGUUCAGGUGCCUUUGCGCCAGGCCUAUCCAGCACUCCUGUCCAGAGCCCCCUUGCAGUUGGAGGUCGUUCCUUCCCUUACGGAUCCAGCUUCCAGGCUAGUCCCGCCACAGGCUCCCAGCUGUCUUUGGUCCAGCAAAACAUCCCAAGCCCUGCACAUAGACUGAGUACGCAUAAGAGCACCCAUUCCUUGCCGAUGGAGAGUCUUAGCCAGGACUCCAGGGCGCUGUCGGCCUCUCAACCCUCACUGCCACACGAAGGGAUGCACCCAGGAGCACCCAGCCCGCCACAGUCUACAAGAGUAUCUUCUACUUCCAUUGGACCAGCUCAGACUCCAUCUAGUCAUGCAGGCAUCCGCAGUGCAAUGCCCCACAGGAUUGUGCUGCCCCACCAGAUGUCUGUGGGAGCCUUCCCUGUGGCAUCCACACAGGGAUUUGGCAUUGGUGCAGGGUUUGCAUUACCUACUGGAGACUUAGUACUACCCAAAAAGGACUCCGUUGGGAGCCUUCCCGAGACAGAGCAGAUUAAAGUCCGAUCCAGGUUAUCCUCAAACUUGUAAGUCCGCUAAGGGCUUGACAUCAGGAACAAGAGCUGCUCCACCUCUUACAGAUUCUCCAGUUGGACAAGGUGAAUGUAUGAGCAAGAGAGUAGACUCAAAUGGCUUUUAAAAUACUAUGAAAUCAGCUGCAUUGAGUUGUUUCUACGUACAGAACCUUAGAAGCAUAUUAGCAUCUUCCCAAAUUUGCCUCCUUUAUAUAAGGUAGUUCACAAUGUAUGCCUAACUACUUCACUUUGUUUGAUAGCGGUCUAGAGUAAUAGCAGGAAUUGGCCUCUAAUGUCUCUAGUUUUAAACUCAUUGUACCACCCGGAUUUGUCUCCUUAGCAUACCCUACAAAUACAGUAUACAUAGGUAGGUCCAUCCUCUACGUAAGUGCAAUGGCCAUCUAUAACAUCACCCAUUUUCAACCUAGAUUGAGUCUUGAUAAUACUAUAGUUAGAAACUGUAUUUUUGUAACAUCGUUGGCUUAAUUUGCAGGACUUCUCCCUUCAAAAUUACAGUGGAACCUCAAAGUCAUACAUUUUACAAUCUGAUUACAUUUUCAAAUGUCUCACACAUCUUCAGAUUUUCAAGGGGUCUCCAACUUGUUGCUUGCUAACUAUACAUAGGUCUCUCACACUGUCUGAGUAGCUUGCGAGAGCGUUCAAAAUUAUAUAAAAUGGUUCAACUGAACAGGCUAAGUCAACAACUUACGCUUGGGAUCACUGAGUCUCACAUGACAUGGCCAGAGACACGGAAGCUUGCUUGAGGAAUCAAUUGACUAAACAACGGCAGUCAAACGGAACAUCAACCUUACACAAGGUGCAACAAAAUAAGCUAUCCAAAUACAUAAACGGUUAAGAACGAACCAUGCGUUAACAAACAUGUAAGUAUCAGUGUAUUUACUUACUUGAGGCUUUGUGUAAUUGUUAGCGUUAAUGAUGAGAUUUCCCUGUAGAAGUAGUUGUUCUCAGUACCUGCUACAUGUUAGGUUUUCUGCGUGAUGGUUGUAGGUUUUUUUUUAUUUUGCAUUUUGUGACCGCCUACCUUUUCAAGCUUGUCUCCAAGUACUUUUUCCAAUUGCUGGUUAGUUGCUGGUUGAUGUACAGUACAGGCCAAAAGUUUGGACACACCUCAUUUCAAUGCGUUUUCUUUAUUUUCAUGACUAUUUACAUUGUAGACUGUCACUGAAGGCAACAAAACUAUGACACUUGUGAAGUGGAAAACAUUUCAGGACUACCUCUUGAAGCUCAUCGAGAGAAUGCCAAGAGUGUGCAAAGCAGUAAUCAGAGCAAAGAGUGGCUAUUUUGAAGAAACUAGAAUAUAAAACAUGUUUUCAGUUAUUUCACCUUUUUUUGUUAAGUACAUAACUCCACAUGUGUUCAUUCAUAGUUUUGAUGCCUUCAGUGACAAUCUACAUGUGUACAGCUCCACUAAUGGACAUUGGAGUGUUACUUUCAAAGGCAAAAUUAAAGUAUUGCUAGAAACAUAAUUUUAUAUGGGACUUUAUUGUAUUAUAUGUAUAGUACAUGUUCCAAAAAGAAAAAAGCAUAUAACACAGUAUAUUUAAAUAUACUAAAGGGAAUAAAUAUUCAAAAUAAUCUAGUUUGGUUACGCCAUCAUGAGCGCAACACAAGGUUGUAAAAGUUUCAACUACAAUUCUAAAUAAGAUGUCAAAAGCAAACUGAAAUCAAAUACACACAGCUUAAAGAUUGAUCAAUACCUAUUUAUGAUGAUUUAUCAAAAUAUAAAAUAAAUAUACCUGAACAGAACGCUCAUGAUGGUUACACCAAAAAGUAACGCUAGUUUUUGGGGCAUUUUUAUGCUAUUUCCAAGCAUCUUCUUAUUAUUAUCGUUGAUUUUAAAUGGUCAAUCAAAUGCAUAUUAUAUAUGCAUGCUCUAGUAAACAAAAAAAAAGUCAUAUUUAUUUUGAUUGUUACAUUUUGAAG